AUGACUCACCGCAGGGCUAGAUUGAUCCAUCCAGCAUCCCUAGCUUCUUGGGGCUUUUGUUUCAGUACUCUGAAUUCAGAAUAUGCUUUCCCCAUUGUAUAUUACUAUAUACCCAAAUGCACAAUAUUUUAUAUACAUAAAAUAUGAUAUAUGCAGAAUUUAAAAUGCAGAAAUUUAUUAGUUAGUUAUAUGAAUGUAAAUACAUUACAAAUAUAUUAUAUUAUAUACUAUAAACAUAUUAAUACAAAUAUAUAUAUAUGUAUAUUUAUUAUAUAUAUUGUAUAUAUAUAAUAUAUGUACAAUUAUUGAAUUAGUCAUUUUUAAAUAACUUUUUUUUAUUUUAUAAAAGAUAUUAAUAUGUUUGAAAAUAUCAAAGUUUUAUAAAAUAACAGCUGAAAAACAGAUAUAUGUAUCUAAAAUUGUUUGUUAAGAAAAAUGUACAAAAUCAUUAUUUUUGUCAUUAGGUUUGGAUUAACCAUGUCUACUAGGAGACGUCGUGGGCCUAAAUUAAAUAUAGAGCGAAAAAUAAUACGUGAAGGCCACAAUAGAUAG